UGAUAGGUUGUCGACGAUAAGAUUAGAUCUAAUUUUUAGAAGUGACAAAUCAGAAAUGGGUCCUAUCAAUACCUGAAACUGAUUGAACUUCAAAUUUAUCACGUUGGAGCUUCAAAUGCAUUCAAUUCCCUCGUACAAACUGGGACCAAUCCAGCCAAAUUCGCAUAAGCGCAGUGGUCCUGUCCUUUUCGAUGACGAUGAAGAUGAUAAUGUAACUAGCUGUAACGCCCGCCUGCCAUAUAUAUAAUUAUUUGUAUUGAUGUGCCCAGCGCCCACUGAUUCAGUAACUGCUCUCUCAGUGGAAAAACAUGGAAUUGGCCCCUUCCCAGAAAAAGAUUGUCAAUUGUAAUAAACAGAGCGGCUCCCACAUUCAUGUCAAUGCCUUUGACGUACGUGAGAAAGGAGCUAGCGUCCACAGAAGUAAAUUUUGUUCAGACUGUAAACCAAUCAAAGUUAUUGAUAGAGAAAGAAAUGUUAACUGGUGAUCCUUCACAUAUUCUUCUCUUAUUUCACCUUAUCGGGAAUUUUGAUUUCUUUUAAUAAAUCUUGAAUAAUUCUUCUCCCCCCAUCUCUGCAUCUUCUUGCUUGCUUCACAACAUGAUGGGCUCGAGCAAGGCCAAGGGAAAGGGAAUGAAAGAGCUGGUGACGGAGGAGGAGGAAGAAGAUGAUGAUGAGGAUUCUAGUAUUACUGCAGGUUUUGACGAGGAUGAUAAUAAGAAGAAAAGUAAGAAAGCAGCGACCUCGGUUUCUUGUCAGGUGGAUACUUGUACGGCUGAUAUGACCGACGCCAAGCGAUACCAUAGGCGCCAUAAGGUCUGUGAAGUCCAUGCUAAGGCUUCCGCCGUUCAACUCGCUGGUCUUCAACAACGUUUUUGCCAGCAAUGUAGCAGGUUUCAUGAGCUGUCGGAGUUUGAUCAUGCGAAAAGGAGUUGUCGACGGCGAUUGGCUGGACACAACGAGCGACGCCGCAAAAGUUCAUUUGAGUAUCAUGGAGAAGGCUCCAACUGAAAAGAAGUAAAAGAUGCACACAAAUGGACUACCAGACCUCUCUACCUCCACAAUCAGAUAUUCAACAGUUUUAAGGUCUAAUUUUCUGUGAUAUCUGUGGAAUCUGGAUGCUCUCUCUCUUCUGUCAAAAAUAAUGUUUUCUGUCCAUCACAACACACCAUUUUCUAGAUGGUGUGCCCCAUUAUUGCCAAUAAUAAACAUUAUGGUUUCAAGCUACAA